GCGCUUUUUGUUGUUAACCAAACCAAGUACUAUAUUGAUGGCAUAAUAAGCGGUAAAAAGACGAAUUUGCCCUUGUUCUUCGUAAACUGUUCUUCCCUCACGAUGGAAAACGAGUUAACGACCGCGGAUGUUUAUGAGACUGCAUCGCUUAUCGGAAAAGACAUAGAGCAAAUAAUUGAGUUGUAUGGACAUUCUGCUGUGGUGAACUUGAUGCCGAAGGUCGUGGAGGUGUUAGAACAAUUGGAAAUCUGUGUUGGUGAACGUGAAAAUUGCUUGUUAGAGUUAGAAGGAAUGCGUUUACAAAACGAACGACUACUUGUUGAAGUGAAGAAGGAAGCAAGUUUAAGACGAACUUUGGACGAGGAGUAUUAUCAAUACAAACAGCAAACAACGAGUGAAAUUACUGCACUCAAUAGCCUUCUAGAGAAACUUCGCGAUGAAAACCAAUCAUUACACGACGAAGAAAAGGCUCAUCAAUUGGAAAAAAAGGGAGAAUCCAAGAAACUGACGUCCGCGGACAUUGCUGUCUUACAGCAGAUGAAAUCGACUAUUGAUGAUCAACGUGAUGUUAUUCGAAGUAAAAGUGCCGAGGUGAACAGCGUGAAAAGUGAUUUAGAAGCGAUGGAAGAACAAAUUGAGAGAUUGGCGAAUGUGAAUGAAACAAUACGUCGCAAUCUCACGGUACAGAAAUCACGAAACACGACACUUAUUCAAGAAAAAGCAGAUCUUGAGGCUGAUAUCAAAGUACUGAAACAGCAACUUACGAAAAAUACGAACGUAGCCGAUAUUUCACGACUGCAUAACGAGUUUCAUACGAAAGUAAACAAUGACGUUGGUAAAUUGAACAAAAAAGAAAACGUCGAGGUUUCCCCACUCUCAAAAGAUCCCAAUAGACCACGGUUCACUUUGAAAGAAAUGCAGAGAAUAUUGAAGGAAAGAAACGAGUUGAAAGAAAAAGUUAUCACUUUGCAGGAGGACUUGGCAUUUUACAAAAAAACCAAUGAGGAUGAGGUUGAUUCGGCCUCUUUAAAAAUGAAUAUUUCAUCGGAUAAAACGAAGGGAAGAACAGAACGGCACUCUGGAAUUUCGAAAUUGUUCAAAUUCCUUUGGAAAGAAGAUCAGAGAACUCCGCAAAAACCAGGAAACGUUUCCAUUGACGACGUUGAAAGCCUUUAGACGUCCUUUUAUUUUCGAAAUGCUUGGCCUUCUGUGUUGUGAAAUAUGUCAUUGGUUGAGUUGAAUAAAUCACAUCUGGGUUUUUUGUAAUCCACACAGGUCA